AUGAUGAGAUGAAACCUUUGAUAACAUGAGUACAGGAAAUGUUACAGAUGACUUUGUCGGUUGUUUAACCCAACAGUUAAGUGAGUUUGAACUUUUGAAGUCAAUGUAUCCAAAUAACAAUGAUAUAGUUUUAACCGACAAUAAGAGUUUAGAUGCAAUUCAAAACUUUUUGGAUAAUCCUACUGAGUAUACACCUAGUCAUCUAGACUUUACUAUAAAUUUGUUUAUAAAGGAAUUGAAAUUAGAAAUGUGCAUUAAUUUGCCAAGUUUAUAUCCUGAGGAAGAGCCAGAUAUAUUCAUCAGGUGCAAUCAGUUAAAUCGGCACCAGGAAACAAAACUCAACUAUGAAUUAUCAAAUUUUAUCAAGACAAAUCAUUUAGGAGAAGUCUGUUUAUAUGAUGCAAUAUCUUGGUUACAAGAAAAUAUUGAAAAUUUUUAUGCUCCAAGUGGUGUUUCUGAACAAAACACUGUUAAUGAAGAAACUGCAGAUGAUAAUAUAAAAGACAGGAACUAUGUGAGGCUGUGGAUUUACUCACACCAUAUUUAUAACAAGAAGAAACGAGAAGAAGUUGUUAAAAAAGCUAGAGAAUUAAAAUUAACCGGAUUUUGCUUGUCAGGCAAACCAGGUAUUGUUUGUAUUGAAGGUCAUAAUUGUGAUUGUUAUGAAUGGUGGAAAGACAUAAAAUCAAUGAAUUGGAAGAAUAUUGUUAUAAGAAAAUCUGAAGAUUUUUCAGCUCCACAAAAUAAAUUUGUAAAUUUUGAAGAAAUACAAUUAAGUAUGACAGACUUUUCCAAAUACAUGGACAAACUUGGAUUCAGUCAAACAUUUAAUGAAUUAUUUGGAUUAAUAAAUGAUAAGUAACAAUUUUAUUUAUGUAGGUAGGUACUUCUUCUUUUUUAUUUUACCCAACACAUUCACAUGUGUGUUUCGUCUUGUAUAUUCCCAGUUACCGCUAGAAGCAGUCCCCAUGAAGAUUACAGGGGUGUAUGAUUACCUCAGAUUAAGGAUCACUAAUGAUUACAAAUAAUGAAGUUACAACUCUCCAUCCUUAGCACAAGACUAGAUAAAACUUUACCAACGGGAAAUCCUACUAAUAUUUUAAAUGCGAAAGUUUGUGUGGAUGUCUGGAUGUUUGUUACUCUUUCACGCAAAAAGUAC